AUAAAACAAAACGACGUAGACUACAGCAUAUCAUUGACAAGUGAUUCAGAUCAUAAUUUACAAAAAUUUCAUUGAAUUUUUGGAUUUUUCUUUGUAUUUAUUGAGAUUUAUAUCAAAAGUGAGCUCUACCGAAUUAUUAAAAUACAAUUGAAAUUAAAUUCAUCACCGCAACAACAAAAACAGUACAGUUUGUCAACGAGUGUCAUCGCUGUUGAACAGCUAUUUCACAAUAAGUCUUUUGAUGCAGCCAUUUUUAAGAAAGAUCAUUUGCGCAGCGUGAACUAGUAGCCAUGCUUUGGGAACAGAACGAUGAAGUCAAUAAGUCGGCGUUCGAGAAACUGAAGGACGAAUACUGCUACGAUAUUCUGCGCCGGUUGCCGUUAGAUGACUUGUGUGCUCUCAGUGGUACCUGUACUCGAUUGCACAGUUUGUGCGGCAAACAGUUCUUAGAAAAAUAUCCAUCAAAGGUCAUGCGCAUCGAUUCGAUUCAAGAAGACGGCACAUGGGUAAAAGAGCCACGCGAUGAAAUGUACAUCAAGUGUUUUGACAAAAGCAUUCGAAAUGUGAUCCUAAACGGUGACGGCCUAGAAACAAAGUUAGACGUAGUCAAUGAAUUCUACAAGGGCAAAGAGAUGGAGGGUGUUGUGAAGGAAGUUCACUUCAACAAUUGGCGCAGAUUGGAUGGUGCUGGCAUCAAACUUGUCGACAUGUUGAAAUCCGCUGAAACCAUCACCAUCGAUUAUUCUGCUAUCGUCGAGGAUCCGUACGAUGGCAUUUUCAAGUAUGCACCAAAUCUAAAACUCUUGAGUGUUCGAAAUUUGAAUUUCACCAGCACCGACUGGUUGCAACAACGAUACGCCCAGCUUGAAAGUUUCGAGUAUCAUUCACUUUCGCUAGGUCCAGAUGCAAACAAGAUAAAAUUAUUGCUCGACACCAACCCAAACAUUCAACGAUUCUCACUUUUUUGCACAGAUGUGAAUGACAUCGUUCAAUUGAUGGCAAAGAAUGUGGAAAUUGACGAACUGUUCGUGCAUUUUAGAUCUGAUCCAAGUGGUGGUGCGUUAACUGCUAAUGACAUCCAUUUCAAUUAUACGAUGAAUAUUCUGAUGAAGUUACUCGCUGCUCAAAAUGUGAACUUGCAUUUGUUGGUUUCCAAAGCUGAUAUCAUUUCAGGACUGGCAUUCCUUCAUUCAAACAUGGUUGGUGUUUAUUUCAACGUUUCCAUUGACGAGGUGCUUACCAAAAUGUAUACGUUCGAGAAUCUCCAGUUUUUGCGCAUCGCAGCAUCACAUUUACCGUUUGCAUACACCGAUAUGAUUGAAAAGAUGCCCAACUUGACUGAACUGUACAUCGACGAAAUUUCCCACUUCAAUUUCCAAAAAUUGCAUCAAACUUUGCUGGCUGCUGUUGGCCAACUGGUGAAACUAAUGAAAAUCUUUCUCUAUGAUUUCACUAACCAACUCACAGAAAUCGAUUUUUUGGCAUUGGACCAAGAACGCAUGGAACUUCGUGGCGCUGCCCAUUUGAAGAUUUACAUCCAUUCAAAGGACUUUUUCGCCAGUUUCCCGCUCAAGUUUGUUGAAUUCGAAAUGAUCGAAAUUGUUGCAGCCGAAACUGAACCGUCCAACUAUCCAUUCUUUUUGAAUUACAUUCAUGGCAUAUUUGGGCACAAAGCUUUCGACUAUAACUUGAAUAAACACCACCAGGCUGGGCCGAGUGGUACGAGCAAAACGGUUGAAGGUUAUGAAAGUGAUGAAGGUGAUUUGGAGGUCAAGCAGACUGAGCCGUAAUGCAAGUGGCACGAUUGAAGACAGAAUCAAAAUAUUCAAAGAGAAAUAUUACAAUCUAAAAGCAAAAAAAAAGUAUCAAAACUUUAGCCUUUGAAAGCAUCUCUUUAUUCGUAUUCAUAAUCAAUAUAGAAAUUUAAGAAAAAGUCUCAUUUUUUUACAUAUUUUACAUAAUCUUUUAGUUUAUUUUUUUCGUAAUCAAUUUACAUUAAUCGUCAUCUAUUUUCCAUGUAUGGAACACGAAAAGACAUUAUCUUUUAAGCACAAUAAACAUUUUGAUUGACACUUUAA